AUGGCUACUGAUAUGGAUACAAUCCAGAAACUGCAGAGUGAAAUUGCCUGUAUCAUUUGUCAGAACUACUUUUCUCAGUCAGUCACCAUGGACUGUGGACAUUGUUUUUGCUUAGAAUGUCUCUCUAAGAGCUGGAGACUUGAAAGCAUACCUUCCUCUUGCCCAAUUUGCAAGGAAAUUUCCCAAAUCGGAGAAUUCCCAGCAUUCAAUGGGAGACUGGAAAAGCUAACUGACAUUGAUAAGCAGCUCAGCUCCCACAGUUUGCAGAGUUCUGAAGGACCAAGAUGUCCUACCCACAAGGAGGUCCUCCAGUACUUUUGUGAGGAGGACCAGAUAUUGCUCUGUUUAAUUUGCUGCCAAAUGCCAGAGCAUGAAUCUCACAAACUCUCUCCUAUAGAAGAGGCCACUCACAAUUACAGGAAGAAGCUACAGAAAAUGCUAAGUCAUGUGAAGAAGGAUUUUGAAGAAACUAAGAAACUUCAUUCUCAAAAGGGAAAGGUGAAGACACCUUUUGUUGACUGGGGUCAAAUGAUUGCAGGAGAAUAUUACAGACUAUACAGUUUCCUGAUGGAAGAAAAAUCUCAGUGUCUGAAAAGAAUGAAAAAAGAGCAGAAGAGCAGAAAAGACAGAAUAACUCGACAUAUCCAAAACCUUCAGGAAAUCAUGUUAGAGCUGCAGGAAUCAAGUCAAAAGCCCCAAAUUGAUCUGUUACAGGAUCUCAGGAGACUGUUGAAAAGAAGUACAUCAGUGUUAUCCCAAAAACCUGAGACUGUCGUUCCAGAGCUGAGAGAAUAUCCCAUUGCCGGGAUAAUAGAUGUCCUCAACAAGUUUAAAGUGGAUAUCAGAGUGCAUCCGGAUUCAGAAAGUUCCUAUAUAACUAUUUCUGAGGAUCUGAAGAGUAUGAGAGCUGGACAAGGCUGGAAGGUGGAGUCCAACCAACCUGAGGAGUCUGUUUGCCAUUAUGCCUUUGCUGAGCAAGUCUUUACCUCAGGGAGACACUACUGGGAGAUAGAUGUGUCACAAGUACCACAGUGGGCAUUGGGGAUCUAUAGCCCACACUUAAAAAGAAGAAGGAGGAAGACUCCUACUUUAUGUGCUUCUAUGUUCUUGCUGCGCUGUGUGAAGAAGGAAGAUCAUUACAUGUUUCAAAGCUAUCCCAAAUCAUUAAAUCAUCGAGAGAAAGGUCCCGUGCCCAGAAUUGGGGAACAAAAGCUGGAACCAUGA